AUGUCCGAAAAUAUUCAAUCAAUAUCUUCAAUCACCACCAAAUUUCUUGAUCAACCACCGAGUUGUCUAGAAUUCUGUCCAGAUGAUCCAGACUAUUUCAUGAUAGGAACAUAUCUACUUGAAGAGGAUAAAGAAGGCAUUAAUGAAACAGCGACGGUCAAGCAGACCAAAACAGGGUCGCUGCAGCUGUGGCAUCUAGACAUCACCAAAAAUGAGAUAGACCAGAAGCAAGUCCUGUCCUUGCCUUAUGCUGUCUUUGAUCUCCAAUUCCAUCCACGACAACCCACCUUACUGGGCAUUGCCAGCAGCGAUGGAUCCGUCGCCCUUUACCGUGUCUCACGCGAAGUCCAGGACACUAAUCCUCAUGUCCAACAUAUCUGGACAAGAUCAGUCCAUGAGGAACCGUCCAUUCCCGCCCUGUUCCUUGCCUGGGCCCCGCACGACUGGUUUCUGCAAUCUGGAGCAGCAGCAGAUGGAUUUGCAGUGACAUUCUCUGAUGGACGGACGUCCAUCUUUGCUCUUCCUUCAGGACGGAAAGAUAUAGCCUGUAAUGAGCCGGAUUUGGUGGAAACACAGUUCCUACCCCGGGAGAAUAUCGAGGCGUGGUUUGUUGCACUGGCCACAUAUGCACAGCCUGGAAGCGAGAAACCAUUUUCGUAUAGUUUCAUGGGUAAUGAUUUCGGAUCCUUGAAUGUCCGCAAAUUCGCGUGCUCAGAGGACACCGGAUCCGAUGAUGAUAUCGCGCUAGAGGAAUUGAAAGUGUCUGAUACAGACGAUAGAGCCCGUCAUCAUACAGCCGGUGUCACGUCUAUUCUACCCUUACCAACCCCGAUGAUACAAAACGCCCCGGUUGUGUUAACAGGAAGCUACGAUGAAUAUACCCGAGUCUAUCAUGCCACAACAAGAGGCGCGGUUUUGGCUGAGGAGCAGUUGGGCGGAGGCGUUUGGCGGUUACGGCUUAUUCGUACUGAAGAGGGGGAUUCUGAGACGACAUUUCUUGUUCUAGCGAGCUGUAUGCAUGCGGGGACAAGGGUUUUGCGAGUGGUAUGGAAACGUGGAGAUCCGGGAUUACUUGAUAUUGGCGAGUGGGAGAUUCGGGUCUUGGGCGAGUUUACGGAGCAUGAAAGUAUGAACUAUGCUUCGGGUGUGAGGGAGGGGGUUGACGCUGCGUCGCAGCUGGUCUGCGUGUCGAGCAGCUUCUACGAUAAGAGGUUGUGUUUGUGGAAAGUUGAUGUUUGA